AAAAAAAAAGAGUACUUAUUAUUUUUAAUUGAGUUGCGCACUUUAAGCUUUCACUCCUAAAACCCAAAGGCAAUAAAUCUACUCCGUGAACGUGCAAAUUUUCCGGUGAUAAAAGGACAAUGGCGGCGGCGGCGAGGACAGUGGGAUCAGGGGUGGUGUUGCCGCGGCCGGUGACAUUUGUUACCGGAAACGCUAAGAAGUUGGAGGAAGUUAGGGCAAUUCUUGGCCAGUCUAUUCCCUUUCAGUCCCUUAAGCUUGACUUGCCAGAGCUUCAAGGUGAGCCUGAAGAUAUCUCCAAAGAAAAGGCAAGAAUUGCUGCCAAAGAGGUGAAUGGACCAGUGCUAGUUGAGGAUACUUGUCUCUGUUUCAACGCCCUUAAGGGUCUCCCAGGGCCUUACAUCAAGUGGUUUCUGCAAAAGAUUGGUCACGAAGGUAAUCGCUUAGCUUGCUUGUUCUCAUGUAUCAUUGCCUUGGAAUUAAUGUUGUACCUUGGGCCGGGCCCGGGCCUAAAUGGGCCAAACGGGCCGGGCUUAACGGGCCUGGCCUGGCGGUCUCGGUCUCUAGCGGUCCCGGGCUUCGUGGGCUCAACGGGUGGAACCAGCCCAUGACGGGCCUAAGCCCAUAUGG